CUCGGGUCCGUUAGCGGGCCCACGCUGGCAAGCCAACGGAACCAUCGUGGAAUUGUCGCGAUUUGUUUCCGGGACCUCGAAAUAUGGGAGCUGCAAUAGCCAAGCUUUUCCUUCCAACCCUCAGCAGCCUGAUCUUCCUUCCUACCAUCACCAUUGCAGCAAAGCGGAGAUUCCACAUGGAAGCCAUGAUUUACUUCUUCACAAUGUUUUUCAUAGCGUUUUUUCAUGCUUGUGAAGGGCCUGGCUUGACAGUUUUGUGUAUCAUGCGUCAUGACAUUCUGCAGUAUUUCAGUGUUUAUGGCACUGCUCUAUCCAUGUGGGUCACUUUAAUAGCACUGGCAGAAUUUGAAGAACCAAAAAGGUCUACAUUGGUUAUAUUUGGAGUGCUCACUCUGAGUGUGCGAAUCUACCAAGAUCGUUGGGGCUAUGGUGUUUUCUCUGGACCAAUUGGAACAGCUGUCUUCAUAAUAACCAUCAAAUUUUUAAAGAAAAUGAAAGACAAAAAAGGUCUUUACCCUGAUAAGAGCAUCUACACACAACAGAUUGGCCCUGGCUUCUGCUUUGGGGCACUUGCCUUGAUGUUACGAUUCUUCUUUGAGGAUUGGGAUUACAGUUAUGUACAUAGCUUCUACCACUGCAGUCUGGCAGCCUCCUUUAUCUUACUUCUCCCAAAGAUCAACCCUCAAGCAGGAAAUGGAGGAAAUCCGGUAAAAUUAAGUUGUUGUACACUCUGCUGUGUCUGAAAGAGGUAAUGACCGAGACUAUUAAUCCAGAAACUCAACUAAUGUUCUGGGGAACCGGGUUCAAAUCCUGCCUUGGCAGAUGGUGGAAUUUGAAUUCAAUAAAAAAAAUUGCAACUAAGAAUCUGCUGACCACAAAACCAUUAUCAAUUGUUGUUAAAAACCCAUCUGGCUCACUAAUGUCCUACAGUGAAGGAAAUCUCCCUUCUCCACCUGGUCUGGCUUAUGUGAGACUCCAGACCCACAGCAAUGUGAUUGACUCAACUGCCCUCCGAAAUGGCCUAGCAAGUAACUCAGUAGUAUCAAUCACUAUAAAGUCUAAACGAAGAAGUGAAACUGGACGGACCACCUGGCAUCGAUCUAGGCACCAGAAAGGACAAAAGCAGCAGUGUGUGAGCUGCAGUGGCUCAAAAAGGAAGCUCACCACCAGCAUUUCAAGAGCAACCAGAGACGAUUGAAUAAACAAAACGAUGCUUUAUCUGUCUUUGGGCCCAGUGAUACAUUUCUGCAUUGCAUCAAUGAAAUAAUCAUUCCUUAAGCCAUGAAAUCGUAAAUGCAGUACAUGAUAUGAAAAGGAAGGGGUGUGUAUCAUUUCUCCAACCAGAUAUGAUGAGUUCAGAAAUACAUUUUGAUGUAUUAGCUGUUGGGUAAGAAUACAAAUUGUAUGAAGCAAA